AUGGGAAAAAGUCAUACUUCAAUUUCCGCUCUUCUAUUACAAGUGAUCUGUGCGUCAGCAGAUGCUUCCAUCUUCAAAAAUGGCAGUUCUGGUGCAGAGUCCCCUUGCCGAUGCUUCCCCAGUGACACAUGCUGGCCUACCAUUGACGCGUGGGACGCAUUCAAUACAUCACUGGGAGGGAAGUUGAUAUCGACGAUCCCAAUCGGCGCUCCCUGUCACCGUGACACAGCAACUGGAUACGACUCUGACCAAUGCAGGAACCUGCAAGACGAGUGGUUUCUCCCAGAGACGCAUCUACAGAGCUCAUCAUCUACGAUGGCACCCUUCUUCACAAACAACUCGUGUAACCCCUUUUCGGGACCGGAUACCACCUGCAGCUUAGGGAACUACGUCACAUACGCUGUGGAGGCAACUGAUGCUGCUGAUUAUCAGAAAGUAUUGGAAUUCAGUAGUUCACAUAAUAUCCGGCUGGUAAUUCGAAAUACCGGUCACGACUACAAUGGAAAGUCUACCGGUGCGGGCGGUUUAGCUUUAUGGACUCAUAACCUGAAGUCCAAAGAGCUUAAGCAAUACAAUAGCACCGAUUAUUCCGGUGCAGCUUUAAAAUUCGGAGCCGGAGUUCUUGGAUCCGAAGUUUUCGAAUUUGCAGACUCUCAUGGGCUUGUUGUUGUCGGCGGCAACCAACCCACUCUUGGAUUUGCUGGUGGCUAUAUCCAGGGAGGUGGUCACGGUCCUUUAGCGUCUAAGUACGGGCUGGCCGCUGAUCAAGUACUCGAAUGGGAUGUUGUACUUGCCUCAGGGGAAACUGUUACAGCGUCAGCCAACUCUGCAUAUGCAGACCUAUAUUGGGCACUCUGUGGUGGAGGUGGUGGUAUUUUCGGUGCCGUGCUUUCGGUCACGGUUAAGGCUUAUCCAGCAAUAUCUUUCUCAACAGCCAGUUUGACAUUUGCAGUCCCCGAAAAUGCAUCGGACGUAAUUGUUGAUACCUAUUUCGGGGUUGUUGGUUCGUUCAACCAGCUCAUUCCUUCGAUUAACGAUGCUGGUGCUGUUGCUGUUUGGCUCGUAACAGCGCAGGCGUUUGUACUGUCGACUGUAUACGCUCCCGGGCUUGACAAAAAGGGGGUAGAUGCCCUUCUUCAACCAUUUUUGGAUAAGCUGGGUACUUCGAAUAUACAAUACCAGUACAAUUCUCAGGAGUAUUCAAGUUUCUUAGAAACAUUCCGCGCCCAAGUGCCAGUCAAUGUUUCAAACGUCAACAUUGGAGGACGAUUGAUUCCCCGAACACUUGUUGAGGAAAACAACGAGUCUUUAACGGCCGCAAUCCGUAAUAUAACAUACAGUGGCGCUAUAUUUUCCGGUGUGUCUUUCAACGUCUCAAUACAUGCUCCGGACUCAAUCGCGGCAAACCCAUACUUGCGUGACGCAAUAUUUGACGCCGUGGUAGCGACGCCUUUCGACUAUGCGAGCUGGGAGACCAAUUUGCAGAGCAUAAACGCAAUCACACAUGUGUUACUUCCUCAACUCGAGAGUAUAACUCCUAACGGCGGGGCGUAUUUGAGCGAGUCGGAUUUCCAGCAACCCGACUGGGAAACAACAUUUUACGGGGCGCAUUAUGAUAAACUAAGCCAGAUAAAAUCAAAGUAUGACCCAGAUGAUUUGUUUUACGCUCUCGGGGGUGUUGGGGGCGAGAGAUGGGCCCAGAAAUCAGAUGGAAGGCUAUGUAAAGUGUAGAAUAAGCUGGGCAGCGCUACGAGUAGCUCCCUCCGAGGUAGUGUAAUAAAAAUAGGUUAAAAAUAUCGGACUUGGAUCUAUUUUCGAGAGGUUGAUAGGCAUAUUGGUAAAAGCUAACGUAUUAUUUCUACCCCUAUGGACCUAGACAGCUUAGUUCUUACUAACGUUAAGCUGCGAAUGAAAGAUUCUCCUGAUGGCCUCA